AUGAAGUUGAAUCCGGACUGUUGGCCUACUUGUGAUAUUUCUCCUGACAAAGAUAUGAUUGAUCGAGAAAGAAGAAAAACAGUUGUAUCCUCGUUAACAAAUGUAGAUGAAGAAUUUUCGCAUUUCUCACGAAUUUCUUCUUUUGAGAAAAUAAUUAGAGUUACAGCCUGGAUAAAAAGGUAUAUUGACAACUGCAGAGAUAAAAAUAGAACAACGUCAAAGAACUUAGAAAUCGAAGAAUUGAAUGCAGCUGAAGUCCUUGUUUGGAAAAUUGUGCAAAGGGUCUCCUUUAAAACAGAAAAGGAUAAACGCUUACGAAAUUUAAAACCAUUUGUUGAUUCAUCUGGUCUUUUAAGAGUAAAGUCAAGAAUAUUAAUGAGACAAGACUUCGAAAAUUUUAGAACACCUGUAAUCCUACCUCCUGAACAUCCAGUUGUCUCUAAACUGAUUAUGGAAAAACAUGAACAACAAAUGCAUUGCGGAACUCAGACUUUAAUGGCAAUGCUACGAGAAAAUUUCUGGAUUUUGAAAAGUCGUAAAACUAUUCGUAAAGUGUUGAAAAACUGCACUAAAUGUAGAAGAUUUGAUUCGAGGCCCUCCACGGUACAAUCCGCACUUUUGCCAAAGGACCGUGUUAAAGUUUCUUCUAUUUUUGAAGUGAUAGGUAUCGACUUAGCUGGCCCUUUGUUUUUAAAAAAGGUGGAUUUUGGGAAAGAAUGA